UGUACGCGCGCAGAGUCGGACAGUUUCACCGAGGACGCUUGAACGGGACCGUGCGCGUUCCAACGGGACUCUUUUUUUAAUAUCAUUACAUAUAAACUCAGAUGUUGUGUAUGAAAAACGCACUGUUUAUCGUUUGGAGAGCAAGUCGCGCCUGUGGAUAUAGAAACGAAAAGGAGACGCGACGCGCUCGGGAGUCUUGCGGCGCGUUUCUCUCCAACUCGCGGCCGGUGCGCUUGAGCUGAUAGAAAGAGAGCGAGAGAAGACCAGAAGGAACGUAUCCCAUCAUACAGCCUGGCUGUGAGGGUUGUAUGUAGGCAGCAACAUGAAGCCCUUCCUCAUGCUACGGCUGCCCCUUCUCCUUUAUCACCUCUUGUUGUUCCCGUCGCUGGGAAAUGCCUGUCCGAAAGACUGCUUCUGUGUUGGCCAGGACACCACGUUUUGUGCCGGUCGCAGAGACACAAGGAUGCCCACCGACGUUCCCGCAACAAUUGGAAGGCUAUUUGUCUUUAAAAAUGGUAUCGAGAUCCUGUCUCAGGAGGAUUUUGAAGGGUUGAGCAACCUGGAGAUGUUGGAUAUAAGUCAGAACAAGUUGACAGAGCUGCCAGAUUAUGUGUUCAGACCGCUCUCCUCCCUCCACAACCUUGACCUUUCAUCCAAUCAGAUUGUGCACAUAUCACGGCACAGCUUCGCCGGACUGGAGCAUCUGGAGCGGCUGUAUCUCUUCAGCAACCUCAUCGAGAGCAUCCACUCUGCAGCGUUUAAUGGACUAAAGCAACUGCUGGAGCUCAAGCUACAAGGAAACAAAUUGAUAAUGAUGCCUGCUCUUAAAAUGCCCCACCUGCUUCUGCUGGACCUGGGGUUCAACAGCAUCCCCUCGCCGGAGCCAGAUGACCUGCAGACACCCAAACUGGAGUCACUGAAAUUGGGUGGACUGGGGCUUAGCAGUCUGAACGAGGAGCUGCUGGGAAGCUUCAGCAACCUUCAUGAGCUCGACAUCUCCGGUAAUCAUUUAACCGUCUUUCCAUCUGUGCUGCGGGAGGCAAAGGGCAUGGUUACUCUCAGCCUGGCUGGAAAUCCAAUGGGCCCUGUAAACUGGGAGGACUUUGAGAAGAUGGCAGAGCUUCAGGACCUAGAUAUUAGCAAUCUAAGCCUACAGGGGUUGCCAGAGAGCUUAACACAGUUAUUUCCUCACCUGAAGAAACUGACUGUCGCCGAGAACCCUUUCAACUGCCUUUGCAAUCUGGCCUGGUUUCCUAGCUGGCUUCGGAUUAAACAGAUUCAGCUAGGUAGGACAGAAGAGACCCGCUGCCACUUUCCACCUUUAAAUGCUGGCAAGGUGCUUGAGAGACUAGGACAAGGAGACUUUGGAUGUCCGACGACCGUUAAGACUCGGAUUGUAAAAACCACUGCAGCACCCCCUGUUGUGAUCACCAGUUCGCAGAGCACGACACAUGCGGUGCUCCAUCCCAAACCUAGUGAUAACUCUUCUACUAAAAUCAGCAAUGACCCUUCCCCUACCCCAAGUGCUAGUGUUGACCCUGACCUAAGAUCAACCUCCUGUCCUUCAAACAUCUGCCUAAAUGGAGGAACAUGUUGGCUGGACCAUCAGGGAAACUUUGAGUGCAUCUGUCUGCCAGAAACAUCAGGGACAUACUGUGAAAUCGAGGAGGAGAUUUUGGCACCUGAGGACAUCCCUACAGAAUUUGGCAUAGUGGAUCCUGAAAUCGCAGCAUCAGGGGUAACCAUCUCCUCCAUAGUUUUAGACCUUCACCGGUACAUUGAUAUGCGUCCACACAUACGCGGAGUACGGUUAACUUACAGGAACCUCUCUGGCCCGGAUAAACGUCCCAAGACCCUCAACAUUCCCCCUUCUUACCCUGAGUACACACUACGAGGUCUCCAGUCAAACUCCACCUACUCUGUAUGUGCCAGUCCACUGAAUGAGCCUGAAGACAUUGACAGUGUAUGCACAGAGGCCCAAACAGUGAGUCAGCAACGACCACCUACUGGAGAACGUUUGGAGAACCCAAAACUCACAACGAUGCUCAUCCCUGCUGUCGCCAUCCUUCUUCUGUUGAUUCUAGUGGCCGUCGCAGUUGGUGUAGCUUGCUACAUGCACAAAAAAAAAUCAAAGGGACACCUGGACUUAGAAUGCGAUCCCUCACAGCUAGAGCUGGAGGGUGUGGACAUAGGGGCUUUACCUCAAAAGCAGGAGAUUUUCUCGUGUCCAUCAGCGGUGCAAAACGGUAGUUUGGACUACGAGGUGCCACUAAUGCAAGAUCACUGUACUGCCAACAACAACACGAGCGGUUUGAAACCCUCGUAUUUCUGACAACUAAAAAACUGAGUCAUUUACAUGCUUAAGAUGACUGUUGCCUUGCCUUAUCUUACAGUAUAGAUAAAUGAGCAACCACCAGGUUCCUCAUAAAAAGACGGUGGUACUUAGUCCGUCCCUGGUGCAAUCUUAUUAGGAAAUUUCUGUGCAAAAUCAAAAUGGCGUCCCCCAAAGUGCCUUGUAAUCUGCAUUUUCAAACGGUUGCCACUCCUUAAAGACACAAGGCUGACUGAAACACGUUGCUGAUAUUUCGGUGUGUAGCUAAUUUGUGCAGCUCUAUAGAACUGUGCUAACUGUGAACUCAAAGUCCUACGUGCGAGUAGGCAACUGAAGACUUGGACUUCUAAAGUCAAAAGAAGGCUGAUGCUUGUGAUACUUUAACUUUUAUGCUUUGUGAAGUUGCAAUUUUGUAUUCGUUUGGACUAUUUUAUAUUUACUUUUUUUACAGGAAAAAAAACAAUGUUUUUGUACAAAUAUUUGACUGUUACCAGGCUGCUCGUCCCCCAUCUAGCACAACAAAACACCAACUGAUUCAAAGGCUUUACUUAGACUGACGUUACUAAAAUAGUUAAGAAGUCCACGCAGACUUGAAACAAAAUCCCCUUUUUAACCCCUAUAGCCACCACUGCCUCGAAAAUAAUGAGACAAAACUUAAGUUAAACAGGCAGACAGCUGAUGAAUCAAAUAGAGACAGAACGCUUGUGGGUAAAAUACACAAUAGAUUAAAAAUCUUUCUUGGAACCAAAAAAGGGUCAAGAUUGAGAUUCUGUAUCCGUCUGCAAACUUAUUAUUUGCACUAUUUAUAUGUGGGAAAAACAUUUUAUAUCAUCUGAUCAUCAUUGUCUUUCUGACACAGGACCUGUUUCUCAGGCUUUUAGGUUCAGAAUCAUUCAAGUUUUGUAAGUACUACAGGACAGAAAUGUGUGACUGAGCUAUUAUGCUCAAUCUAAACCAAACCAAACCAAAAAAGCACAUACUGUACACUCCAGCUCUUUAAAACCCAUCGCUCCCAUGCGGCGUUGAGAUGUUAAAACUAAGAGAUUUAAAAACAACCAAGAUCCAUGAUGUAAUUAAACACUUACGUGAGACAUACGAUGAGGGAGAAUCUACAGAUACCGUAGGUCCCUAUGAGUUCUUAAAGGUUAUGUUUACCCGACAAUGCCAAAGCGAGAGACAGUGAGAGCUGUGCGGAUUUACCUCUGUGAGGAAUUGUGUUACUAUUUUAGCACUUGUUCUACAACCUGUCACUUGUUGCCACUGUUUCUACAAUGUUUUUAUAAAGGUGUAAAACCGACAUUGUGCUUACAGGUGCGUCUGCUGCCUUCUGCUUAAGGGAAGGAUCCAAACUGGAACACAAAACUCUACAGUAUGAAGUAUUGAAAAGAUUUGUGAAUAUGUUUUGAUAAGAUCUGCCUCUAAUUUUCCCUGUUUCAUUUGGGAAGUGCUUUUUAUAUUUGUCCAUGAUGAUGUGUGUAUAUAUGUUUCUGUUUUCUAAAAGUCGCAAACAAUAAAAACGUUCAAAUAAAGCUUGUCGUUCGUUUAACUAAACGCCAGUUGUUUCGCUUACUGACGUUAAACGUACACCUCCGUUUGGUGUGUUUGCUUGUAAGAUUUAAUAGAAGUGUUGUGAGAUUUAGCAUUUGCAUCCACCCAAAGCAAAUCUUUAUGAGGACUUGGCAUACGAGCGCAUUAGAUUUUCCUUUAGAUAAACUGGGGAAUUUUUAUUAAGAGCAAAUUUUUUCCAAAUCUAACAGUCGCACGUCACCCACAUCAACUUCACCCGACUCGACAAAAUGAGCAUUGACUUCUUAAUACACACAUCAUUAACUGACCACCCACCUGUUUUACAGGUACACACACACAAACAUACAUUUGUUUUCUUGAGAUCGGCACAUCGCUAACGCCACAGCUGUUGUGAAUUAAACCACGUUUAACAACACAAGCGCAUUUAAAAGCCCACCGCUGGCCAACAGUAACAGCAUUUUCAUUUGUAAUGAGCACAAUCUUGUCAAACAAUUACAAACAACAACCUCACAACACCCCUGUUGAGUCUCUAACUCUAAACCCAAUAAGAAGGUUCAGGCCUCGGCAACAAACACAACUUUAACACGCGGUACAGCAACACGUCAUUCCCGGCAUGCUUU